AUGUCCGGAAUCACCCUCGUCGUCCUCCUCGCGAUCGCCAACACUCUCGGCCGAGUCAGCUCGAUCGGCGGUAACUCGCUACUAGACCGGCCGUUCAACUCGCUCUUAACGGAUCGUGACUACGCCGACGCGGACGUUAAAGCGGGGAUGUACGGCUCUACAGACGGCUUUUCCGACGUGGAAGGGUCGUCCGAAAAGAGCUCUGGAGGGAUGCGAGUGGGAAUCGAAACGCAGAUCGAUCCGUGCGGAGGGAUCGGGCCGCUGUGGCCGGCGCGAGUGGACCUGCUGAUUCGCAGCUACGUGUCGGACACGUUCUUCCUGCUGGAGAUGCUGUUCGACAGCAUCGAGCAGAUGUGGCCACGUGGCAUCGGUGACGUCAUCCUGGUGCUGGACGAGGACAACCAGAUCGUGGAGGACAUCGUGCCCACGUGGAUCAAGGUGUACUACGAGAAGAACUAUCUGAAGCUUCCUGGAAAGAUCCUCCAGCAGUGGAGCUACCUGUGGGCCGACAACUACACCACCGCACCAUACAUCGCCAUUAUAGACGAUGACGUCAUCUUCAACCUCAAGGUGACCCCGGGUCUGCUCUUUAACCUGACGGACGGCAAGCCGUACGUGAUAGGCAGCAGGCAGAAGCAGAUGAACCACUGGGUGCCGUCAACGCACUACUUCGUGGGCAAGCCCUACUACUUCGCCAACUUCAUGGUGCAGCUGCCCUUUGUCUUCCCACGCGACGUGCUGCCCAAGUUCCGAGACCACGUGACCCGCAUCCGCGACGGCAAGUUUGCAAGUUUUGAUGCAGCCUUCCUCAACUUCGCCAAGCAUGGGCCCAAGUUUGAGAGGACUCAGAUCGCCCACACGACUCUGGGCAACUUUAUGUGGGCCUUCACACAAGACGAGGUGCACUGGGCGCUAGAGUGGACCAACCACGUGCCUAUCCCACGUGUGGGCGUGCACAUGUCCUACUCACAGCCCUUCCGCACAGCCACCAACAACAGCGACACCGCCCCCCGCGUUGUCAAGAUUUACGUGGCCUUGGGAGGGUACUACGCCCACGAGGCCCUAUGCCACGCGUUUCCCAAGGGCGCGCUCGAUCGGUGCGGAGAUGUGUUGAAAUACGAGCAGCGGCAGAUUUGGCAGUAUGUAAUGGACUGGUACGAUUGGCCCGCGAUCAAGCACAAGAGGAGGAACGCGACGUUUGUGUAUGAUUUGUAUAAGCGCGAGCUGGCGUGCAUGUAUGGGAAGGUGGUGGAUGCGCGCACUAACGAGUGGACGGAUCAUAUUAUAGCGAGGCGGAGGGAGCUGGUGAAUGAGAUGACAAGAGACUGUGCCACCCCACACUCUAAUUAA